CGCCACCUCUCUGCUCCGCCUCCUCUCCGCUCAACCGCUGCCGGCGCCGCACGCUGCGGCUGCUGCCGCUGCCUCGUCCAGGUCCAAACCCACCGCGAAACCCCCAAACCUCUGUGUUGCGCUCGAUCGGGUCGCGUCGCGGCGCUGCCAUGGCCGCGGCCGUCGUCCUCCGCCGCCUGCACGCCCGGCGCGUGGCGGCGCUGCCCCAGACGCUGACGGCCGCCCGCGGCGUCUCCGACUCGACGGAGGCGCUCACCAUCGAGACCUCGGUCCCCUACAAGUCCCACAUAGUGGACCCGCCGGGGCGCGACGUGACCACCACCCCUCGGGAGCUGGUCUCCUUCUUCCGCGACAUGUCCGUCAUGCGCCGCGCCGAGAUCGCGGCGGACUCCCUCUACAAGGCCAAGCUCAUCCGGGGCUUCUGCCACCUCUACGACGGCCAGGAGGCCGUCGCCGUGGGCAUGGAGGCGGCCAUCACCCGCGCCGACUCCAUCAUCACGGCCUAUCGCGACCACUGCAUCUACCUCGCCCGCGGCGGGGACCUCGUCGCCGCCUUCGCCGAGCUCAUGGGCCGCCGCGACGGCUGCUCCCGCGGCAAGGGAGGCUCCAUGCACUUCUACAAGAAGGACGCCAACUUCUACGGCGGCCACGGCAUCGUCGGCGCGCAGGUGCCGCUCGGCUGCGGCCUCGCCUUCGCGCAGAAGUACAGGAAGGAGAGCACCGUCACCUUCGACCUCUACGGCGACGGCGCCGCCAACCAGGGCCAGCUCUUCGAGGCGCUCAACAUGGCCGCGCUCUGGAAGCUGCCCGUCAUACUCGUCUGCGAGAACAAUCACUAUGGGAUGGGAACAGCAGAGUGGAGGGCAUCGAAAAGCCCGGCGUACUACAAACGCGGCGACUACGUGCCCGGGUUGAAGGUUGAUGGCAUGGAUGUUCUUGCAGUGAAACAAGCUUGUAAAUUUGCCAAACAACAUGCUCUUGAAAAUGGUCCGAUUAUUCUUGAGAUGGACACCUACAGAUACCAUGGACACUCCAUGUCAGAUCCAGGUAGCAGUUACCGAACCAGGGAUGAGAUCGCAGGCAUAAGACAGGAACGUGAUCCAAUUGAAAGGGUUAGAAAGCUACUACUAACCCAUGACUUGGCAACAACACAAGAACUCAAGGACAUGGAGAAAGAAAUCAGGAAGCAAGUCGACACUGCCAUAGCUAAAGCAAAGGAAAGUCCAAUGCCUGAUCCAUCUGAGCUCUUUACAAAUGUAUAUGUCAACGACUGUGGUCUAGAGUCCUUCGGGGUAGACAGGAAGGUGGUGAGAACUGUACUUCCUUAGGCUGCCCAUCAAGAAUGUUGGCUGCCUUAAGCUUUAUAAACGCAAAUGAAGAGGAGAAAUAAUACAGGUGAAGGAAAUCCUUAACGCUGAAUCAAUACCUCACAUUUUACCGAAUAAAUUCUGUAUAGAGAUGAAUCAACUGUCAGAAUUCUGUAUCACGCUGCUAUUAUUUCCUCAUGUUUUCUGAACCCAAUCACUUUAGAAUUUAAAAGUGCUCUGCGUGCUGCGGUGAAAUGCAGAUCAGCAGAUGUAAAUGUAAUAUCCUCAGGAAGCGUGUAUGGUCAUGAAUUGUCAACAUGCAGGUGAUUCCUGUCGUUGUGCUGUUGACCUCAUCACUUUAGAAUGUAAUAUCCUUUGCUUAGAUGUAAAUCUGUGCAUAAGGCUGUGUGCUUAGGAGGGACGCGGUUCCUCUGAUUUGAAGUCAGAGAGACGUGGGUCCCUGACAUGUGGGCCCCACCGUCCACUGGUCCAUAUAUCAGCCUCUCUAACUUAAGUCAGAGUAUCCGUUCCUUUUGAGAUGCUUACAGAUUUACUAUGUAGGCUGUGCUUCCUUUCCUGGUAAAUGUAUUCAGUCGUCAUU